UCUGCCCCUCGCAACGCAUCUGCCAUUGCUGUCGCAGCAAUACGCCCCACGAUACCCACACACGAUUCAAAGAGGCUUCUUGACUUCCUUGCUGGGCUUGCCCGUGGAAUUUCUCGCGCAGCAGUGUUCCUACCCCGCAAUUUUUCACCAUGGCGGCACCCCUUAGAGAUGAGGACAAGGACAGACGCAGGAGACUCGCCGAAGAGUUCCUGGACCCCGCGCAGGACGAUAGCGCGCGAAGCUACCGCGCCGAGAUCCUCAACAUGCUCAACCGAGGCCAGCGGAGACUGAUAGUCAGUAUCGAUGAGAUCCGGUCGCAUAACCGAGAACUGGCCAAUGGCCUUCUCAACGAGCCCUUCGCCUUCGUGGAGGCCUUCGAUGAGGCUCUUAAGAAAGUGGUCGAGACAUUCCCAGACCGACCCAAGCACGAAAGAUCCGACGACGCGAAAUACUACUGCGCAUAUAUUGGAAGCUUUGGCGAGUUUUCCUGCAACCCGCGGACGCUCGGCUCGCAGCAGCUCAACCACAUGGUGUCCCUGGAAGGCAUUGUAACAAAAACCUCCCUGGUGCGACCAAAGGUCGUCAAGAGUGUGCACUACAACGAAGUCAAGCAAAAGUUCCACUACCGACCAUAUGUCGAUCAGACCAUGACCAUGGGAGCCGCAAGCUCAAGCGUAUACCCUACAGAGGAUGAAGACGGCAAUCCGCUCAUCACAGAGUACGGAUACUGUGUGUACAGAGAUCACCAGACAAUCUCGAUCCAAGAAAUGCCCGAACGAGCCCCUGCCGGUCAGCUUCCUCGAUCCGUGGACGUGGUGUUGGAUGACGACCUUGUGGACCGCGUGAAGCCAGGAGACAGAAUACAGCUCGUAGGUGUCUAUCGCUCCCUGGGCAACCGCAACGCUUCCUCCGGCAGCUCGACGUUCCGCACUCUGAUUCUUGCAAAUAACGUCAUUCUGCUGUCUUCCAAAGCGGGAGGGGGUAUCGCACAAGUUAUUCCCACUGCCAUGGACAUCCGAAACAUCAACAAAAUCGCAAAGAACAAGAGAGUGUUCGAGCUCUUGUCUCAAUCGCUGGCUCCCUCCAUCUAUGGUCACGACUACAUCAAGAAGGCAAUCCUGCUCAUGCUUUUGGGUGGUCAGGAGAAGAACUUGGAGAAUGGCACCCACUUGAGAGGAGACAUCAAUAUCCUCAUGGUCGGUGAUCCAUCCACGGCAAAAUCGCAAUUACUCCGCUUCGUGCUCAACACUGCCCCUCUAGCUAUCGCCACUACUGGUCGGGGUUCCUCGGGUGUUGGUCUAACGGCUGCGGUGACUUCGGACAAGGAGACCGGCGAGCGACGUCUGGAAGCUGGUGCCAUGGUUCUCGCUGAUCGUGGCGUCGUUUGCAUCGAUGAGUUCGACAAGAUGUCAGACGUCGACCGUGUUGCCAUUCACGAGGUUAUGGAGCAACAGACAGUUACAAUUGCCAAGGCCGGUAUUCACACUUCUCUCAACGCCCGAUGCAGUGUCAUUGCAGCAGCCAACCCCAUCUUCGGUCAGUAUGACAUCCACAAGGAUCCGCACCGGAACAUCGCUCUACCCGACUCCCUCCUUUCCCGUUUCGAUUUGCUCUUCGUUGUUACCGAUGAUAUCGAAGACGCGCGCGAUCGCCAGGUGUCUGAACAUGUACUUCGCAUGCACCGCUACCGGAAGCCAGGUGCCGAAGAAGGACUCCCCGUUCGCGAGGACGGCGGUCAACUACUGGGUGUGGGUCUGGAGAUCGAUACCGAAUCGAACAGGAACACUGAAGUGUAUGAGAAAUUUAACCCCAUGUUGCAUUCUGGCGUUACCAUUACUGUCGGCCGCGGCGCACAGCGAAGGACUGAAGUCCUCUCCAUACCCUUCAUCAAGAAAUACAUCGCCUAUGCUAAACGCGAGAAGCCGGUCCUUACCAAGGGCGCCGCAGACCACAUUGUAGCAGUAUAUUCGGCUCUUAGAAACGACGAGCUCGACUCCAGUCAACGCCGCACUUCACCGAUCACUGCCCGUACGCUUGAGACGCUUAUCCGUCUCUCUACUGCGCACGCCAAAGCCCGUCUGUCAAAGCGGGUAGAGCAGAAGGAUGCCACUAUCGCUGAGCAAAUCCUGCGAUUCGCGCUGUUCAAAGAAAUAGUUGAGGACGACCGGAAAAAGCGCCGCCGUGUCACACGCGACCUAGAUGCCAUGUCCACGGACGAUGACUCGUCUGAUGACGAUGAAGAGGAUGGCGACGAGGCGGAGACUGCUACCCGGAGAACGGGCGGUCCCAGCACAAGGAGCACGCGUACAGGCACCACACAGACGCCGGCCGCUGACGACGGCGAAGAGGACGACGACGAGGAGGAUCUCUACAGCGUCACGCCCAAGACCCAGCGAACGACCCAGCGCAGCGGCCGCGCCGCCGCCGGCUCCUCCCAGUUCAGCGCCGCGUCAUCCCAUCCAGCCUCUCAGCUGCCCGCUACGCAGACUGAAUCGCAAGACUCGCAGGGCAUUACGCCGGCGCGUGUACAGGUAUUCCAGAACGUGCUCGGCCAGCUCAUCGACGGUCCGCUGUUCGCCAACGACGCCGCGGACGUCGAGCCUCUUGUUGCAGCUGUGAACGCCCGGCUCGGCGGUGGCAGCGGACGCCAGCCGUUUGGGGAGGCGGAGGCGAGGAAGGCGCUUGAGGAGCUGAGCGAGAGGAAUAAGAUUAUGUUUUCAGAUGAUAUUGUGUAUAAGAUCUAGGUUGGGCUCGGUGUUGGUGGAAGGAGUGACGAGAGAUGAUGGUACGAGGGCGAAGGAUAGGACAGACAUGUUUGGCGUUUGGAGUGGG